GUGCUCCACCGAUAAAGGGUCUUCUGAACUGCAGUGGCAAUUAGACCAGAAGAUCCUCGCUCUUGUCUUAAAGAGGGGAAGGGGCAAGGAUGGUGGAGGCUUUCUGUGCUACCUGGAAACUGACAGACAGUCAGAACUUCGAUGAGUACAUGAAGGCUCUAGGUGUGGGCUUUGCCACUAGGCAGGUGGGAAAUGUGACCAAACCUACAGUAAUUAUCAGUCAGGAAGGAGACAAAGUGGUCAUCAGGACUCUCAGCACAUUCAAGAACACGGAGAUUAGUUUCCAUCUGGGAGAAGAGUUUGAUGAAACCACUGCAGAUGAUAGAAACUGUAAGUCUGUUGUUAGCCUGGAUGGAGACAAACUUGUUCACGUACAGAAAUGGGAUGGCAAAGAAACAAAUUUUGUAAGGGAAAUUAAGGAUGGCAAAAUGGUUAUGACCCUUACUUUUGGUGAUGUGGUUGCUGUUCGUCACUAUGAGAAGGCAUAAAAAAGUUCCUGGUCUGGGCUUAGAAGAGCUCUUCAGUUUUGCUGUUUACUCAAGUCUCAGUGCUAUCCUAUUACAGCAUAGCUGAUCAUUAAUUAGAAGGUUAUCCUUGGUGUGGAGGUGGAAAAUGCUGAUUUAAAAGUUUGUUACUCCAAGCAACUAGCCCACUUUUAAUCUGAAAAUGAAUCAUGUUUUAUAAUUUGAAUUAAAAUUUUGUACCCCCUCUUUUUUUUAUAAACAAGUAAAUACAUUUUAUAAUUUCUUUUGGAAUGCAAAUCAAAUCUGAAUAAAAUCUUACACGUGAAAAAAAAAAAAAA